GAGGAAAUGGCAUCGAAAGCAGGAAUGCUUUUACAUGUCGUUCUCAUCACCUUUACCUUCUAUACCCAGAGCCAUGAAUUCACUGUAACACCAGGUGGAUCGUGUGGAGGUUAUCUUGAUGGUGCUAAUGGAAUUGUUAGCAGUCCAUAUUAUCCAGACUCCUAUCCAAAUUCUGCAAGCUGCAUUUGGCACAUAAGAGUGGAAAGCCACCAAAUAAUUGAUCUGCAAUUUACUGACUUUGAUCUUGAAAUGGGUCAAAAUUGCCCGUUUGAUUACGUUGCAAUAUAUGAUGGCCCUUCAACAGAUUCUACUUUGCUUGCAAGACUUUGCUCAAAUCCAAGUGAAGCUUUGAUAUCGUCGUCCAACAGUAUGACAAUUUAUUUUCGGUCAGAUUCCAGCAUAACCAGCCGUGGCUUCAUCGCAAGAUACCAAUCACUUCCCAUCAAUAACGGUCAUUUGUGUGGAGGUUAUCUUGGCGAUGCCUUUGGAUCUCUUUUCAGUCCUGGUUAUCCACACCCCUAUCCACAUAAUGCAGACUGCAUUUGGUACAUAAGAGUGAACAGCACACAAGUAGUACAGCUGCGGUUUUCUGACUUUCAGUAAGUCAAUAAGUUGUCAUC